AGCCGCCGUCGCGGUGCGGGCGCCGCCGCCCAGGCCGGUCGGGAUGGACGCCGCGGAGGCCGAGCGCGGGGCGUGGCUGCUGGUGCUGGGCUUCGUGUUCGGGUGCAAUGUCCUCCGGAUCCUCCUGCCGUCCUUCUCCGCCUUCGUGUCCCGGGUGCUGCAGCAGGACGCGGAGCAGGAGGCGCAGAUGCGGGCGGAGAUCCAGGGCAUGAAGCAGGAGCUCUCCACCGUCAACAUGAUGGACGAGUUCGCCAGAUACGCCAGGCUGGAGAGGAGGAUCAACAAGAUGACCGACAAGCUCAAAACCCACGUGAAAGCGCGGACAGCUCAGUCAGCCAAGAUAAAGUGGGUGAUGAGCGUCGCGUUCUACGUGCUGCAAGCUGCCUUGAUGAUUUCGCUCAUCUGGAAGUAUUACUCCGUCCCUGUGGCUGUGGUUCCAAGUAAAUGGAUCACCCCGCUGGACCGCCUGGUAGCCUUUCCUACUAGGGUAGCAGGCGGUGUUGGCAUCACCUGUUGGAUCUUAGUCUGUAACAAAGUGGUGGCGAUCGUACUUCAUCCCCUCAGCUGAAGAGGAAGACGCCGCCGGCCGUGAGACUCUAAAGAUGGAUUUUCUGUUCUGUUAAAAAUCUGGUUCGCUUUUAAAACAAAAACACACAAAAGUACACAAGUCACGAGUAUGCUUUCCUUGGGCUUCAGAACUCUGUGACUAAGUCACGGAGCCAGAAAGCCCCGUGUAGGACAUGGGUGGCAAGCAGCCCACCGCGGCUCCAGAUUGUAAUUGUCGGGUCUUUACGUGCUGUCCUCGUGAUUGGUAAGUCACAGCGUCUCUGCGUGCUCUCCUUAUCAUUUGCAAGUUCCCGGGUCUUUACUUGCUGUCCUCAGGAUUUAUGUUCUUGGCAUAUUUUGGUGGCCAUCUGAAAGGUCAGAAUUUUCUACCAAUUUAAGUACUUCGAAGACUUAGUGCUGUUUUUUUUUUUUUUUUAACUCCAUUUAGAAUUUUAACUUUACUGCCACUAUUAGAAUUCAAAGAUUUACUGUUUCAAUUUUACAAGAACAAGUGAAAGAAUGACACUACUACCAUUAGCGGCCACUGGUGGUGCAUCUUUAAAACAUGUCACUGUUGGUCACACAUUUGUAUGGUGUGUAUAAAGUAUGUAAAUACAGUGCUGUGAACCUGCUUAUGUUUUAUUACUGUUUUACAAAUGUACUCGUGAGACCCUAUGCGUUGUCCCACGCCCAGAGUGUGUUCGCAUUUAAAGCGUCUCAGGUGAUGUGCUUUGUAACUGUUAACGUUUAUGCUCUGUGGGACAGAGGUCUGGUUCGGUUAUUCCGGCUGCGUCCUGCUCUGGCCUGUAGCAUUGUUUUCCCCAGUGACAACCCCCGCAGGGCUGCCUGCCCUCCCCCCCCCCCCGUUCCCCCCCCCCAGCAGCCGCUGCUUCCCCAAGUCCUCUCGCUAGCUUUGACAGAUCGCAGUUAAACCCAUCAGGAGGUGUGGUCCUCUGUGGUCCUGCAGACUUCGGGGCGCGUACUUCACACGUAGACUGGCUUCAUAAAGAGGCAGCACGGGGGGGGGGGGGGGGGUGGGGGGGGGCACGGCCGGGUUUACGGGAGGACACCGCUUCCCCGCGGCUUCCCCCGUGUGAGCAAGAGACGCCGAGGCACAGAGGAGGACCAGCCAGCCCGAGGGCGAGAAUGGAGGCCCAGGGCGACCCUGCAGGCCAGCGCCCUCCUGAGCCGCCGCCCCUCCCAGGGAGGGCCUGUGUCCCCCCCCCCUUCCCCGAGAGCCGCAGGCCACCAGCCAGAGCCACGCGUCCCCAGGGGAGCCUUCCGCCCCGAGGGCGGCUGGGGGCCAGUGUCGGGCGGAGUGAACGCCCCUCGUGCGUUCCCUCACGGCGGGGCUUGUGGAGUGUGUUUGUUUCUUUCUGUAUUUUGUUUCUAAACAGAUAAAUAAACGCGCCUUCUUCCAGCUGU